AUGAUUCAUGCCUUCCUUUAGUUUCCACCGUGUGCUGGAUCUUUCUGUCUCGCCCAGCCAUCUACAUCACACCUACUUUUGCGCAUGAGCAACCACUCAGUCAUCAGGCGAAUUUCGGUUUUGACUAUGACGUCGCGUUCUCGAUCUGCAGUCUCAGAUGUCUAUGUCCGAUUCAUCAUACCGGCGGUUCAAAUUCAAACAUUAUUUGCCCCUCAUGUUACUAGCAAAAGCGUUAGCGUUGGCCUUGGUGUGCUAACAGGGCUCUCAACCAUUACCUCUAUGAUGGUGUAUUUUCGGACUUGGGCAACCUGAACCUCGCAUGUCCUCUCGAUUCCUCGAUUUCCAGCGCGAGAACAAGAUGCUUGAUCUAUGCUACAAGAGUCUUAACUGGAGGGUAGGUGUUCAAAAUCUAACUGACGAAUGUUCGGACCGUUUGUUCUGGGCCUUUGCCUCGCGAGGUUUUGAAUGCGACUAUCAAUCUGUCCCAGAAAACACUACCAAACCUACUCUCCGCUAGGUUUAAAUACUGGCGACAUUCUGACCGUCCAGCUCUCUCCAGGAACUAUCGAUACACACAUACACUCUUUUACCAGUCAACAAUGAUUACCACCGCCUACAUCGCUGCAGCUCUCCGUGCCUUCCACGCAUUUUAUGCGCUGGCGAGGUCCGGCGUCUACACGUCCU